AUGGAAUACAAAUCAUCUCAUCUAGACUCCUUGAUUAUAGGCAAUACAAGUGAUCCUCUAAAGACCAUAUCUACUCUAAAAGAUAAAUAUUUGUUUAGUUUGCUAUCUCAAAUCGAACCAACCUCUUUUGAUGAAGCCCUAUCAGAGGAUAAAUGGAUUCUGGCAAUGCAAGAACAACUUAAAGAAUUCAAGAUGAAUGACAUUUGGGAUCUUGUACCCAUACCAGAGGAAAAGAAUCCCAUUGGAACCAAGUGGGUAUUUAGGAAUAAGUUGAACGAGGAGGGAAAAGUUAUUAUAAAUAAAGCUCAACUCAUAGCUCAAGGUGACACUCAUUUGGAAGAUAUAGAUUACAUCGAGACGUUUGCUCUAGUGGCAAGGUUAGUUGGAUUUUGCAAUGCCGACAAUGCAGAAGAUAAGCUUGAAAGAAAAAACAUUAGUGGAAACUAUACGUUUCUGGGUGAAACUCUGAUCUCCUGGUCAAGAAAGAAGUAA